AUGAGUGAUGCGGAGGACACAAGCAUCAUAAAAUUCGAGCAGGCAAAGAGCGGGCGCAGCACAUGCCGUGCCACUGGGGAGCUCAUCGGUCAGGGGGAGUGGCGAGUGGGCUUUGACACUUUCAUCUCGGGGCGUGUGGCAACUGCCUGGAUGAAGCCGCUGCCAUUCCUGCGAGACUGCUGCCGCCUGGAGUACUGCCUCAACCCCGGCAGCCAAGGCGCCUGCAAGGCCACGCGCCGCAAGUUUGAGAAGGGCGAGGUGCGGUUUGUGUGCACGGCGGGCGACCCGCAGAAGAAGAUCUAUCUCAGCGUGGCAGCGGCGGGCGAUGAGCUGGCGCCGGUGCUGCAGCAUGUGGGGCGCCGCGCCUUCAGCCCCACCCAGGUGGGCGGGCUGGAGGACCUGGCGGCAGAGGACCGGCGGCGUUUUUGCCAGGCGUUUGGUGUGGCCAGCGCCGAGGCAGCCAAGUUUGACAAGCGUCACCCGGCGCCGGAGCGGCCGCUGCUGGACAAGCCUGCAGCGGCGGCCAAGGCAUCGGUUGAUCGACCAGCCAAGCGGGCCCGCGGCGCAGCGGCUGCGGCAGGCAGCGCAGUAGAGGCGGAGGAGGCGGGGCAGGAGGGCGCGGGCAGCGAUGGCGCAACUGGGCUGGCGGCGGAGGAGCAGGGCCUCACAGAGUACGAGCAGCAGCGGCUGGAGCAUAUCAAGCGCAACCGCGAGCGCAUGAUGGCCCUGAACCUGCCGGCCCUGGCAUCAGAGCUGGUGCCGCCGCCCAAGGCGCACGCACCUACUGCCAAGCACAAAGGCGUGUCCCGCAAGCGGCUGAGCGAGGUGCUGCCGCGGCGGGAGUCUUCCCGCCUGCGCGGCAUCGCCGCCGACGGCAGCCAGGUCCACUCCGAGCGGCAGGGCGAGGUUGUGGUGGUGGCCGGUGAGGUGAUCCGCCGCUACGCCCCGGGCGGCGGCAUGGAGGAGGAGCGCGAGCCUCAGGAGCGGCACCCGCACGGGGAGCUCGUUUUCGAGAGCAGCAACUGCGGGCGCGACACAGACGAGGCCUUCAUUCAGCUGCUGGCCCAUGCCGCCGCCAGCGCCAACAGCGGCAGUGGCGGCAGCGGCGGCGGCGCCAAGGGCAAGGGCAAGGGCAAGGGUGGCACCCCUGCCAAGCCGAUGGGGGUUGCUGACAUGGCGAGGCUGAGCCUGGCGGCCGAUGAUGUGGCCAAGGUGACCAAGGAUGCCACCACCCACCUGGCCUGGCACCCCACCACAGACACGCUGAUUGUCGCCUGCGCGGACAAGAAGGGACAUGUGGGCCUGUGGCACGUGAGCGAGGGCAGCUACGAGCUGCCGCCCUCUGCCCGCCGCUCGCAGCCCAUCCUGCGGCACGCGCCCAAGCAGGAGCAGCAGGAAGAGGAGCAGCAGGAGCAGGCAGAGGGCAGCGCAGACGCCAAGCCAGCCGCCACGGGCGCGGCGACCGUGUCGCUUGACGCCGCCGGCAGCGCGGCCGCUGGGCCUGCCGCCGCCGGCGGCGAGCCCAGCAGCGCCAGCGCCAGCGAGGCGUUCGACGGGGUGGUGAGUCUGCAGGCGCAGCACUACCAGUACAUCUGCGGCCUGCGGUGGGCGGGCGGCAGCGGGCGGGGCGCCGCCCUCUUCACCGCCUCCUACGACGGUUCGCUGCGCAGGCUGGAUGUGCAGCGGGGCGUGUCGGAUCUGGUUGUAUCUUCUGAGGAAGACGAGUACAGCUGCAUGGAUGUGACGGGAGACGGCUGGACCGCACUGCUGGGAGACAACGAGGGCGCCCUGCGCCUGGUGGACGUGCGGGCGGGGCGAGUGCAGGGGCGCCCGCUGACGGUGCACCGCAAGAAGAUCAACACUGUCCACCUGGAGCCCACGCAGGAGCAGGUGUGCGCCACCUCCUCCACGGACACAUCCAUCCAGCUGUGGGACAUGCGCAAGCUGGCCCCCGGCAAGCCGCUGGCGGCGGCGGGCCACGCCCAGGGCUGCCAGGCCGCCAUGUUUGCGCCCGACGGCUCCCGCCGCCUCGUGUCCACCUCUUUCGACAACACUCUGAGGAUCUGGGAUGGCGCCUCGGGCCUGGCACCGCUGCGCACCAUCAAGCACGACAACAACACGGGGCGCUGGGUGCUGCCCUUCCGCGCGGUGUGGAACGCGGCGGGCGACGGCGUGAUUGUGGGCAACAUGAAGCGCUUUGUUGACGUGUUUGAUGCCAGCAGCGGGGCCAUGGCGGCUCAGCUGCACAGCGAGCACAUGACAGCCAUUGCCAGCCGCAACGCCGUGCACCCCGCGCUGCCCGUGCUGGCCUGCGCCACCAACAGCGGCCGCAUCCACGUGUACCGCUAG